CAUCAGCCUGCCGAUCUUGAUACUUGGUACAAACCCAGGUAUAUGAGCCAGCUGGAACUGCUGUCCUUUGCCAGUAUUACGAGAUAGGACUCGACCAAAGUGAGCUAAAGCAUCGCUGAGGCCAGGCCAAAGCCACCUGAAAUCCAUCGGCUACGAGUUGUGCGCAGUUCCUGUAAAUCUUUGAGGUAGCUAGCAAGCAGCAAGAGAUCAAAAAUGGAAAAUGUAGAAGGAGCCUCCCACAAAGCUCACUGUUUGGUUUUAUCCUACCCAACCCAAGGCCACUUAAACCCUCUGCUCCAAUUCUCUAAGCGCUUAGAAAGCAAAGGACUCAAAGUCACAUUGGCUACUCCUCGGUCCAUGUACAGGAGCAUACAUAGAUCUGCAGCAUCUAUUUCCAUUGCGCUUGAGACCAUAUCCGAUGGCUAUGAUGAAAGCGGUAUUAUUGAAGCAGAAAGUGUUGAGGCCUACCUGGAGCGUUUCUGGCAGGUUGGCCCUCAAACUCUUAUACAGCUUGUUGAGAAGUUGAAUGCAUCAGGCUGCCCUUUAAAUUGCAUAGUCUAUGAUGCUUUUUUGCCUUGGGGUCUAGAUGUUGCCAAGAAGUUUGGCCUAGUUGGUGCUGUUUUUUUCUCUCAAUCUAGUGCUGUUGGCAGCAUUUACUACCAUAUAUAUAAGGGCUUUGUCAAGCUUCCUCUCACAGAACCUCAAGUUCUGGUCCCUGGAUUGCCUCCACUUAAACAACAGGACAUGCCUUCUGUAAUUUCUGACUGGGGAUCAUACCCUGCUUUCCUUGAAAUGGUUCUGAAUCAGUUUGCCAAUAUUGACAACGCAGAUUUGGUGCUUUUUAACACAUUGUAUGAGUUGGAGAAAGAGGAGACUGAUUACUUGGCAAAGCUCUGGCCAUUGCGGACAAUUGGGCCAACCAUACCAUCUAUGUUCUUAGAUAAGCGACUCCAGGACGACAAAGUCUAUGGUUUUAGCAUCUUCAGGCCAAAUAUUGAUGCUUGCAUGAAAUGGCUAAAUGACAGACCAAAACAAUCUGUUGUUUAUGUCUCCUUUGGGAGCUUGGCAGCUGUAGAAGCUGAGCAAAUGGAAGAGAUUGCAUGGGGUUUAAAAGGGAGCAAAAGCCAAUUUUUAUGGGUAGUUAGAGCAUCCGAAGAAGCAAAACUCCCAAAAACUUUCGUCGACCAGACAUCUGAGAAAGGCUUGGUGGUGACAUGGUGUCCACAACUAGAGGUUUUACGACAUGAAUCGACAGGGUGUUUCGUUACACAUUGCGGGUGGAAUUCUACUUUGGAGGCUCUGAGUUUGGGUGUCCCAAUGGUAGGAGUGCCUCAAUCGACUGAUCAAAGCACCAAUGCUAAGUACAUCAUGGACGUGUGGGAAAUGGGGCUUAAAGCUCCGGCUGAUGAGAAAGGGAUUGUUAGAAGGGAAGCGAUAAAACAUUGCAUAAGGGAGAUAAUGGAAGGAGAAAGAGGUGAAGCGAUGAGAAGAAACGCUGAUAAAUGGAAGAAACUGGCUAGAGAAGCAGUGGAUGAAGGCGGAAGAUCUGAUAAAAACAUUGAUGAGUUCAUUGCGAAGGUCAUAUGUUCCAGUUCCACUCCUAAAAAAGCUUAGGAAAAUUUAUUUUUUCUGUAGCAAAUGCAGCUAUUGCGAUUAAUAUUGUGUCAUUUCAAUUACUUUCAAGUUGCUUUUA